AUGGCGGAGAUGUACAGCAAGGCAGAGACCUUGGAGCUGCGGAGGAAGCACAUCGGGCCAUCGUGCAAAGUUUUCUUUGCAAAGGACCCCAUUAAGAUUGUGCGUGCUCGUGGGCAGUACAUGUUCGAUGAAAAUGGAGAGAAAUACUUGGACUGCAUUAACAAUGUAGCACAUGUGGGGCACAGCCAUCCACAGGUGAUCAAGGCGGCAGUGAAGCAGAUGGAACUGCUCAACACCAAUUCUCGAUUCCUGCAUGACAAUCUGGUCGCGUAUGCCAAGCGUCUCACAGCAACUUUGCCAGAAGCCCUCUCUGUUUGCUACUUUGUGAACUCUGGGUCUGAAGCCAAUGACCUGGCUUUGCGCCUCGCUCGGCAGUAUAGCGGCCAUCAAGAUGUGAUUACUCUUGACCAUGCUUAUCAUGGCCAUGUUACUUCCUUGAUUGACAUCAGUCCAUAUAAAUUUAAUCAACUGGGGAAAGAGGGCAAAAAGGAGUUUGUACAUGUGGCUCCUUCUCCAGAUAUCUACAGAGGAAAGUACAGGGAGGAGCAUCAAGAUCCAGGAAGUGCUUAUGCUGAUGAUGUGGAAAAGAUUAUUGAACAGGUUCAGAAGAAUGGCCACAAGAUUGCUGCCUUUAUUGCUGAGUCCAUGCAGAGUUGCGGAGGCCAAGUAAUUCCACCUGCAGGCUACUUCCAGAAAGUGGCAGAAAAUGUCCACAAAGCAGGUGGUGUAUUCAUAGCUGAUGAAGUCCAGGUUGGUUUCGGUCGAGUUGGGAAACAUUUCUGGGGAUUCCAGCUACAAGGUGAAGAUUUUGUGCCUGACAUCGUCACCAUGGGAAAGCCAAUUGGCAAUGGCCAUCCAAUGUCUUGUGUAGUUACAACAAGACAGAUUGCUGAAGCCUUUGGUGCCUCUGGAUUGGAAUACUUCAACACUUUUGGAGGUAAUCCAGUGUCUUGUGCAAUUGGUCUGGCUGUACUGGAUGUAAUAGAAAAAGAAGAUCUCCAAGGAAAUGCUACAAAUGUUGGAAAUUACCUUACAGAGCUACUGAAGGAACAACAGGAAAAACACCCACUGGUGGGAGAUGUCAGAGGAGUUGGCUUGUUUGUCGGAGUGGAUCUAGUGAAGGAUCGGCAAAAGAGAACACCAGCCACUGCUGAGGCUCAGCAUAUCAUCUACAAGCUGAAAGAACGGAAGAUUCUUUUGAGUGCAGAUGGGCCUUACAGAAACAUCUUGAAAUUUAAGCCACCCAUGUGUUUCUCUAAAGAAGACGCAAAGUUUGUAGUCGAUCACAUCGAUGAGCUCCUCACAGAUCUAGAAGAAGCGACUGGAAUCAGGACCAGAAACGGACUAUCUACAAGCAAAAGAAAAGUGCCUACUGAAGGAAGCUCCCAGGUGGACCGCUUCAGCGACAGCAUCAGCCAUAUCAAUGGAAAUGCCUGCAGGCAAGAAAACGGGUUUUGUGCUGAAAGCCACGCAGUGCCUUGCAAAAGGAUCAGGACAUGAAGAGUGGAAGAGUUUUGUUUCGUUUUUGAAUAGACAGGAAUAGCAGUGUGUGGCUGGGGACGUUUCACGAAUGAAUGGAAGUCUGCAGUAUUUCUUUUUAUGUGUCUUACGCACCGCUGCUUGAUUAUUCAGGGCCUGACCGAACUUGAUGUUCUGACAAACCUCUUGCACCCUGGUCCAGCUAGUGAGAUCUGCAUCCCUAAGCAUGUUUCUGUAGGCCUCUCCCUUGCUGAAUC